GGAGGGAAAGGGGAGGAAGAGAAAGUUGGGAGGAAAUAGCCCAGGAAAAGUGACACUCGCGGAGCCCGCCGGAGCGCGGAGGAAAUAAAAGCGGCGGCGGGCAGGAAGUGUGAGGAGGAGGAGGAGGAAGGGGAGAAGAAGGAGGCGGAGGAGGAGGAAAAAGAAGAAGAAGAAGAAGAAGAAACAGCAGCGGCCGCUGCCGCCGCGGCAGAAAAGAAAGCAAAAGCCGCCCGAGGGCUCGGAGCCGGCGGCGCGGCAUCCGCGGGGCUGCGCGGCGCGGCCAUGGCCCGCGAGAACGGGGACGGCGGCGGCUCCUGGAAGAAGCAGGCGGAGGACAUCAAGAAGAUCUUCGAGUUCAAGGAGACGCUGGGGACGGGUGCAUUCUCUGAAGUUGUUCUGGCUGAAGAGAGAGCGAGUGGGAAACUCUUUGCAGUCAAAUGCAUUCCCAAGAAGGCACUGAAGGGGAAGGAAAGCAGCAUAGAGAAUGAAAUUGCAGUGCUGAGAAAGAUCAAGCAUGAAAAUAUAGUUGCUCUGGAAGACAUCUAUGAGAGUCCAAACCAUUUAUAUUUGGUCAUGCAGUUAGUGUCUGGGGGAGAGCUCUUUGACCGCAUUGUGGAGAAGGGCUUCUACACGGAGAAGGACGCCAGCACGCUGAUCCGGCAGGUCCUGGACGCUGUCUACUACCUGCACCGCAUGGGCAUCGUGCACAGGGACCUCAAGCCUGAAAACCUGCUUUACUACAGCCAGGAUGAGGAGUCAAAAAUCAUGAUCAGUGACUUUGGCUUGUCGAAGAUGGAGGGUAAAGGAGAUGUGAUGUCCACAGCCUGUGGCACUCCUGGCUAUGUUGCUCCUGAAGUGCUGGCGCAGAAGCCCUACAGCAAAGCCGUGGACUGCUGGUCCAUCGGGGUCAUUGCCUACAUCCUGCUCUGUGGAUAUCCCCCUUUCUAUGAUGAAAACGACUCCAAGCUCUUUGAGCAGAUCCUUAAGGCAGAGUAUGAGUUUGACUCUCCAUACUGGGAUGACAUCUCCGAGUCUGCUAAAGACUUCAUUCGGAAUUUGAUGGAGAAGGACCCCAAUAAAAGAUACACCUGUGAGCAAGCAGCACGGCACCCUUGGAUUGCUGGAGACACAGCACUCAACAAAAACAUCCACGAGUCGGUCAGCGCUCAGAUCCGGAAGAACUUUGCAAAAAGCAAAUGGAGACAAGCGUUCAACGCCACGGCGGUGGUGCGGCACAUGCGGCGGCUGCACCUGGGCAGCAGCCUGGACAGCGCCAGCGCCAGCGUCUCCAGCACCCUCAGCCUGGCCACGCCGCUCCCCGACGCGGCCACGCGCAAAGAUUCUUUGAUUGUUGAUUUUUACCUCCAGAGUCACAGAGGCCAUCUCUGAUGCCAACAGCAGUGCUCUUGCUGGGAAAACAAAACAAACAAACAAAAAAAUCCAGAAAAGCUCCAGCUGGCCCCUUAGCCUGCAGAAGAAGUUGUGAGGACAGGCUGCCCGUGAACUCUGCGAGCUGAAAGUCAGUAUUGCAGUGGCAAGGGCUUCUGCUGAUGAUUUUGCAUGUGACUCCAUUCCCAGUGCAUCCUAACUCUCUGCUGGAUCACCCCUUCUGCAGCACAAAAUGGAUUUUGGCCCUGCGACACAGCUGGUGGGGAAGUAGGAGUGUGGGGAAACCCUGGCAGUGUUGCUUUCCUGGGACUGUGUCACUCUGUGUCACUCUGCUGCUGCUGCUCUCUCCUCUGUCCUGGUUGCUGUUGUACAGGUGCCAUUAGAGUAGUGGGUACAAAAAAAAAAAUUUAAAAAAAAAAAUUAGGAUUUUACCUAUAUUUUACCUAUGCCCUGUGUGUAUGUUAUGGUUGUGGUGCUGAAAUAAAACCAAGAAAUUUGGUUCAUUCCUGACACGAAUCAAACCACAAAAAGGGGUGUGAUCCCACUGGUAGUCAUCUCCUUGUAGUUCUGCUGUAGGCAAUGAAUAGGGGUUUCUGCUGUGCAUGUGUCCUGCAUACCUUCAUGGCUAUUGACAGUAUUUUUUUUAAUUACCAGUUAUUUUGGGUCCCUGCCUGGUUCUGAUGAAAUUCAGGUCUUGUCCUAAGGUUUUUUUCUGUCCCAGGGCCAGCAUAACCCUUGAUCUCAGGCUUUUCUCCCCAAACCCUCUGCGAACCAGAACAUGGACCUCCAGGGUGCCCAUGAAAUGCAGUUGCAGCUGGCCUCAAGGUUGUCCCCUUUUCCUAUUUUUAGGGAAGCAAACCUGCAGAGAAAGCCAGAUAGCUUUCAGCCAUUGGCAAGCAGAGAGAAUAUUGCCCUUUGAUGUGAACUUGGCAUUAACAAGAUCAGCACUAGGGAAACCUGUGCUAUUACUUCCUCCUGUGAUAACAGCUCCAGCCUUGAGCAGCAUUGAAUGAGCACCAGAUAAAAACACCAGAAUGACUUUGCCAGCAAGAUCAUGCAGGCUGUGGCCUGUUCAUGUUGCUCUUUCCAAAGAAUCAGGGGAUUCAUCUGCUGGCAUAACAAGUUUCUAGGCUGAGCCCCAAGGUACAGAAGUAGCUUCCAUUCAGCAUAUGGAAAUUCUCAUUUGAUGCAAUUAUUCCUGUUCUUGCUGCCAUGAAUAUUUACCUGUCUGAACUGGGGGGUGAAUGCAUGCCAGAAAUUAUUAAUGGGAAGGAAGUUUUGCCUUCCUUAUUGUGCUUAUUUGCUCCAGAAACUCCAACACUCAUUCAAGCAAAAAGCAGAAACACACACGGAGACUGCGGUAUCCAAGGAAAACAGCAUCAAGACCUAGAGUGGAGGAUUAGUUGGCAAAUCACUGUCAGCAAUGGCUGAGUGAGGGAACAGCAACCUGCUCACAAGCACUGCAUGAACUUUUAUUUCCCCUGGUGAACCAGCCAUCCCAUAUUUCAUGCCCAGCAGCAAGUUUUACCCAAUCCCUUUGGUUUUCCCUCCCAUCCCUGCAGCAGGGUCCUGCCUUCCCAGCCUGUCUGUGGGGUGCUCUGCUCCCUGUGACACACGUGUGUUUUUGUGGGUGCACGUGCACAUUGUGGCCCCAGGGAUCACAGAUCCCUCCAGUGGGUCAUCAGGAGUUGGUCCAGGUUUUUUGGUCUGACUUUGUGUGGUUGGGUCAAAGCUGUGUAAAUAGUGUGUGUAGCAGAGGAUAGAGGCUCUCUAGCCUGGACUCUGGAUUUCAAAUCCCCUUUCCCCACCACAAAUAGUGACACUUAUCUGUCCAGGUAGCUUUUUUUCCCCCCCUCCUGUUCAUAAAUGCUAAGGUCAGUGGAAUGGCUCUUACAGGUUUUCCAUCCUCAGAGUGGAAUCAGGGCAUGUGUGCUCCCAAGCGUUGUGACAAACACUGCUGAACCAAUGGUGGCAUCAACUGUCCAAUAAAUGCAUGAUACUGCGCUGCAUGUAUUAAACUGCUGGUCACUUGUUCUGUAUUUCCUGAGCCUUUUCUUUACCCACAUCAACCCAACCUUCUCUCUGAGGGAGUUACCUCCAUGUAUUGCUUUUAAAUGACUCAAUGUAUCUGUAACUCGAAAUCCAUUGUUAAGUUUAAGUAAAUGCAAAAGCUGAUGUUUUGUAAACAAGAUAUUCUGCAAAGCCUGGUAAUGUAUUUUGUCUUUCUGUUGAGUUCUGUGCAACAUGUACAGGAAGAGUCACCAUCCAGAGCAGCUUAAAAUUAGGCAGCAGUCACACAUACACAAGUGUUGAAGCAGGGAGCUGGGGAGGUGAGAAUCCCUUUUUUAAUACAACGCUUACAAAUUUGAUCUGCAUCAAAAAUUCCUUCCCUGGGUCACUAACUCUCAGAGCUACCAAGAAACAUGUUGGUGUGUCUCUUUGUAUUUUUUUCUUUUUUCCUUUUGGUUUGUUUUUCCUA